AUGUCGUUUACUCGUCAAGAUUUUUUAGCAUUGGGACAUUUAUUAGCAAACGAUAAUCAUGAAAAUCGUAAAGCGAUGAUAAAUUUUAUGGCCUCUGAUCCAAUUUAUAUACCAAGAUACAAUGUUUCUUUGGAAUUUGAAAGAGAAUUGGCUUUACAAAGAUUAAAAAAAUUGGCUGAUCAAAAAUUCAUUUCUGUUCUUGACUUUGAAAAAAAUCCAUUGAAUAUCUUUGCGGCACAUGAAAUUGCAGGAAUGGUUGAUGGAUCAAUGGGCACAAAGAUGACAGUUCAAUGGAAUUUAUUUGGUGGAAGCGUUAUAAAAUUAGGAACAGAACGGCAUAGACAUUUGCUACCAGGAAUUGAUAAUUUAAACGAUAUAGGAUGUUUUGGAUUGACAGAAUUGGGAUUCGGAAACAAUGCGGUCGAGAUGCAAACCACGGCGAUUUUUGAUGAAAGUAGCCGUGAAUUUAUCAUCAAUACUCCGUCCACUUUGGCACAAAAAUAUUGGAUUACAAAUUCUGCUGUUCAUGCUAAAUGGGUAAUUGUAUUUGCACAAACUUUUAUUCGUGGUCAAAAUGAAGGUAUUCAUGCAAUACUUGUAAGACUUCGUGAUGACAAGUAUGUAUUCUUUCAAUUAAUUUGA